AUGUCUUUCUACGGAAACCAGUCGGCAUUUUAUCUUCUGUCCAACCAACUGGUGAGCAUUGGAAGGACAUACGGACCGGACCUCAUCGUACCAAAUAUUUACCGUCAUAGCGCCUUGGUACCGAAUGCGAUAGAAUAUCAACAGCAACAGCAACAGUUGGCGAGCCUUCAGUAUCAGCAUCAGAAUCUGUUGUUAAAGCAACAACAACAGCCCACUGUCCUAAAUCGCAACCCUGCUCAUCAUCAACAUCAUCGUAAAGGUCUCGUUCUGGAUCGGGAAUUGGAUGAAGGUUCGUCGCAACGUCUCCUUGAUAACGAUGCCAAACCAACAACUUCUGAUUCACACUCUGAAACCAGCAGCGAGACAUCAGACGACAGCGAGGAAUAUGGGGAAAAUACAGCAUUAAAUUUGCAUUCAGAAAUAAAAUUCUCCAUAGACAGAAUCCUUUCAGGGGAUGUCAAAUGUACUCAGAGCUUCACGUGUAAAUCGCGUGUGAAAACUGAACACGAAAUUGAUGACGAAAGAUCGAACAAAGCAGAUGCUGAUGUAGAUGAACAAGCAGGUGACGGAUAUCCUGAAACAUCUAACGUCACGAGUUUUGAGUGGCUGCAUUGUACACGAUACCAGCCUCCGAAAUUACAACGCUCACGGAAGAAAGAUGGCGGCCGGAAGCGGAAGCUGGGACGCAACCCGCGCGUGCCCUUCACGCAGCACCAGGUGACGGAGCUGGAACGCAAGUUCCGGCGAACACACUACCUGAGCGGCCUCGAUGUAGCAGAGCUCUCUACGUCACUCAGCCUCACGGAGACCCGGGUCAAAAUAUGGUUCCAGAACAGACGAGCGCGCGAGCGGCGCAGCGGUCACAAAAAGGAGAGCAGUGCAGAGAGUGACAGAGACGCCGCGGUUCCUACGUCCGGUACUCUCGCUCUGGUCCCCGGCUGUCGAGCGGGAAAUUCCGCUGCGUACGGAGGAAUGGGAGAGAUGUUUCCACAUAGGCACUCGGCGUUCAACACUUGAAGUAGAAUGUUAAAAAUGCUGUUGUAGUUUUUCGUCAAGACGGACUUUUUAAAUAGAAAAAAUAA